GCGUACUUAUUUCGCUCAUUAAUUCGCAAUUAACAAUAAUUUGCUCGUGAGAAUUCUAUUCUCUCGACAAUUUCAUUUUGAUUUCAAUAUAUUAGUUUCAGUAUUAUAAAAUAUUCUUUUAAAACAAUCAAUUGACAGCUUAGUUCUGUUCUAGUCGAAAAGGAAACGUGAUUGUUUAUUUUACGAUAACGUCAAAAUGCCGCCGAUGGUUUUGAAAGAAUUUGGCUGCGGUCAUUCCCUUCGAACCGGUACCCAAGUUAUCUCGUGGAUAAUUUUAAUAACUUGCAUAAUAGGACUGUACGGUAUAAAUUUCUACUUCUACGAUGAAAAGAAAGUCAAAAUCACCGAAUCUCCUCUAACACUACUAAUCCUCAACUGUGUGAUGGGAAUCUUCGCUUCUUUGAGUGGAUUAUUCGGAGCUUAUCGAAACCACAGAAUGUUUCUGCAACCGUUCUUCGUGUAUCUUGUCUGCCAGUACUUCCUCGCUGGGAUAAUUGGCUGGAUUUAUUACAUCUACAUUUACCCUAAUCAACCACCAUAUCCUAGAAAAACUCGAUACAUUAUUUUGAACACGAUACUAUUUGGAACUGUGUUUUACGGGUUUUUAUCCUACGCUGCGCUCAUCGUUCGAAGUUUUCAUAAAGAGAUCUCCGCAGAAAUGACCGAUCGUGAAUUCUUAAUACCCAGACCCACUGAUCACCAUCAGGUGUUGAUGGAUGAGGAUAACUUUCCUUCAAGUGCGAGUUGUGUAUCCCAAGACACAAGAUCUUACCUUACCUCAAAAGGACCCAAUGUGAACGACCGUCAACGUUUUUUGAGUAAUUUCAGUUCUUCUAUUCCGUUACCUGAAGAAACUCAUUCUCAGCUUCAUGACGACUCUUCGGAUUUAUUAGGUUCUCGAUAAUGUAUUUCUUUAUUUGAAAGUUUGUUGUAUUUUAUUACGUAUUUUGUGAUUUAGGGCUGUAUUGUGAUCGAUGUUUAUAGAAGUAUUUUGUUGGUUCUCGAAUAUUGAAACUUUCGGUAUUUUAAUAUGGGUUGUAUCAGGCCUACGAUAAUCUUUUUACUUUUUAAAAUUUCAAUUUUUAUUUUCAAUGUACAUGUCGAUUUCUAUACCCCGAUUUAUUAUUUUUUCCCCUCAGAAUACGUGGUUAAAUAUUCUUAUUUUAUUUUAAUUUUUUUAUAUGAUUAAAUAAUUAGUACUUAAUUUAGCGUUUAAGAUGGUGUUAUAAGAAUUCGAUUGUAUCUUGAGUAGGUACAGAGUACUUUCACAUCAUAUAGUUUUAUCUUAGACGAAAUUUUUCAUUUUGAAAAUGCAACGUCGUUCUUUGCGAUUCGAGAUAUCAUUUACCACCAAUAUCGAAAUUAUUUAAACGAUGUUCUACGUAUUGUUGGCAAUUUUGGGUUAGCAUCAAGUUUUUUGAAAUUGUGAUGCGUUGUGAUGUUAUUUUUUUAAGUUUAAUCGCGAAUUUCUUUUGUGUUUUAUAGAUUUUAAGUACCUAAUUUUAUUUUGGAAUUUUUUAUGGCCUUUCCUGUAAUUUUUACCUAUUUUUGAAAAAUACUCGCAUUUUGAUAAUUAAUUCGGAGAAAAUUUUGAUAGAUCUGAAAAGACGAUACUGAAUUAAUUCGGUACCACUGCACAAAUAUUAAAGUCGUUCUAAUUAGUUAUAUGAAUACACGUACCUAGUACCUUGUGGUGCCCGGGUCUUUUAUGGUAAUUGUGGUGCCCGCGUACAUAGAGGAUCAUAUAUAUAUGUAUGAUAAAGGUGUUUUAGAGCAGUUUAUUUUUUUUAGGGUUUUUAGUCAUAGUGGUGCCCGUUAUAUAAACUUGGUACUUGUGGUGCCUGCCUCAAAAAUUUUUUUUUCACCUUAGAGUGCAUUUCAUGAAAUUCUACAUCGUUUUAUAUAAAAAGACCUUGUGGUGCCCGAUUUGGGCGCCACAAGCCCAAAACCGGGCACCACAAUGACUACGUAUACUUAAAACGGGCACCACAAUGACUAAGUUUAAAUCUAUGUAUAUAUAUAUAUAUUUGCUUGCGACCAGACAUGUCAACUAUGCUUGGCAUAUAUGCAGAAAAGUGAACAAAAUUUUAAAAUUGGUAUAAUUUCUGUUCUAAAUGACUUAUUAAAAUUUUAUUUGCAGAUUCAGUCUAAUAUUAAAAAAAUCUAUGUUUUGAAAAAAGUAAUCAGAUUUUUAGGCUAAAUUUUGAAGAAAAUUUUUGAAAAUGGAGUCAAAGUAAUUUGAAUUUUGAGAAAGUUAAGACACCAAAAGAAAGCUUAAACAGCACAAAAAUUUUUGAUGUUUUUAAAUUUUCCAUAGGCCAAUAAAAUACUGAAAAAUUUCAAGUCAAAUUUGUUGUCGUGUACACUCAGGAUCGAUGUAUUUGCAUACAUCUCCACCAGCACAUCACAUUCUACUCACUACAAAUUGACUGUAGACCCUGCGUUCGUCCUCGCGCCUUGAUUUCUAAGCCAUGCGCCCUCUGGUGGAAGUUUCUGAAAACUCGUAGUUGACUUGUAUAGUAAAAUUAACCCAUGACUUGUCAACUAUAGUUGAGAAGUUGGUCAGUCCACUUGUAUAGUAAAAUUAACCCAUUCAAUAGUUGACAUGUCUGGAUACUAAUACCUAUAUAUUUUUUUUUUUUUUCGGAUACAUCAGCAUUAAUUUUAUCAAAACAUUCAGUUGAUAAAAAACUACGAAUAAUUCAAGGUGAACAACUACACUGUAACUUGGGAUCUUCUCUUGAACCACUUGCUGUAUAGAAAUUCACCAAUGUUUCACGAAUUUUACCAAAUACAGAAUUCGCAACAUC